UAUCGUUUACAACUGUCACAACAAUAACAUAACCCAAAUAAUUUUUAUUUUUAUGUGAUUUCAAAUUUUUUAAUUUUAUUUUUAAAUGGAAAAAAGUUCAAAUUUAUUAUCACUUAACGAUUCGAUAUUAAAAGUAGCAGUCCAACCGUUGUCAAGGCUAACAAAAAAACCUACCACUGACGAGAAGAAGAACCUUUCCAAACACCAUCUGAUACUACCCAACAAUACACAGAUAUGUGUGGAAACAUUAUUGUCACAGUGCAUCAGUGAGGAGCCAAAUGACCGGAAAUUCGACACAAAAUUGAGAACUCGACUGAAAAAGAAGAGAGUUGCACUGUUCAAGCCGAAAAAUUUCAUACUAAAAAGUGAAAGACUGAGACCAAUUGUUACGACGAAUAUAAAGUCGGGAGUGUUCCGUUCCGUGUGUUCCGGUGAGUUUGCUAGUCAGAAGAAGAGGAAUUUUGUGACCAAUGUUCCGUCAAACGUUUUAUAUUCCCAAUCAUCGCUUUCGUCGCGCAUUCAGUCUGUAUAUGAUUUUUGUAAUGACAAGUGGAUUGUUGAACGAACAACACAGUACAUGCCUAAUGACUGGACCAGACCGUUAACGUUAAGUGGUGUGAUGCGCCAGAAUAGGGGAAAUUUAAAUGCUGGUGAUGCCACAGAGAAAACGAAACCGAAAGAUUGGCUCAAUCGCUCAAUUCGAAGCAGGACUACCGACAACGAAAAUUCCGAACAAAUUAGAAAAUCCACCAUCCAUAGACUGGUAACCCCUGAGGGAUUUCAACUCUGUACGAGUACAACAGCGAAUCCAAGAUCUGAUCAAUCGCAUAUCGAAAUAAAUGAAGAAUUCAAACAGCCACUGCAGCAGCAACAUCCAAAUGAACGGAAAAUCCAACAACCUGAUGAUCAGUUGGAAAAUGUAGAAGUCAUACCUGUAUCCCGAACACGUUUCAGUCGAGCAACCAGGUCACCACUCAAAAAUAAUGCUUUGCCAAUCGUGUACUGUCCGGAGAACAGAAUUCCCGAAGGAAAGGUAACGGGAACGAAAAACGGUCUUGGCGAUAAGAAUAGAUGCAGAACGUGCCACAAAGUCUAUCUGGGACGUCGAAAAGUAAUGAGACACUUGAAGGCCUUCCCCGAACAUGACAUGCCCAUCCCACAGCAAAGAGUAAAAACAAUUGAGCCAAAAGCAAGGAUCAGAACACCAAUACCGCCCAGCACAUUCCAAUCAUCCGAUCGGCUGUUCGACUUCUUAAUCCAGAAAAUCAGAAAUGCUCCUACUGACGAAAAGUCACAUAUUCUCUUCCGUGAAAUAUCCGAUUUCGUUGAAAAGCUUGAAGCUAUACGGUCGCUACUGUUGUGCGACGACAAUACUCAUUCAUCGGUUGAAUAUCUGGACAAACAUUGCAGUAAAAUAUUCGGCACCCAGGAGGGUAACUAUCAUAUUAGCCUGGACAUUCUCGAUCAACUGGCAUCCGGAAUGGAUCCAGCUGAAUUUGCCAAUAAUUCGGCGACGGACGCUAACAUUUUACCGAAUCAAAUCGACCACAACAUCAACGCUUCGUUGUCGAGCAUAUCUGAGAGUAAGAUUCACUUGGUUGAAGGAAUAUCGGAGGAGAGUUUGCUGAAAACGGUCGACGAUUUGAUGAGAAAGGAGGGCCGUAUGAGUAACGGGAACUUCGAUCACAUCGAUAGUGAUAAUGCUGUCGAAGCGGUUACACUGAAAACAACACAGCCCAUACUGAAUCUGUCCCUCGAUUUGUUCAAAUUUGAUGGCACAUAAAAACUGUUGUAAAUUAAGUAAC